ACACAGGAGUGGGUGACAGAGGAGACUGCAGAGGGCAGGUCUAGGGCAGGAGAUCGAGAGAGGGCAGGCCCAGGUCAGGAGGAGGUAGAGAGAGGGCAGCCGGAGCACCCCAAGGGGUGCCUCAAGAGCAGGUGGGGGCGGGGAGCCGAGGGGGCGGGCCGGCCAUGUCCCACGGGACCUACUAUGAGUGUGAGCCCCGGGGUGGCCAGCAGCCACUUGAGUUCUCAGGGGGCCGAGCUGGGCCCGGGGAGCUAGGGGACAUGUGUGAGCAUGAGGCCUCCAUUGACCUCUCCGCCUACAUCGAGUCUGGGGAAGAGCAGCUUCUCUCCGAUCUCUUUGCCGUGAAGCCAGCGCCUGAGGCCAGAGGCCUCAAGGGCCCCGGAACCCCUGCCUUCCCCCACUACUUGCCGCCUGACCCUCGGCCCUUUGCCUACCCUCCACAUACCUUCGGCCCAGACAGGAAGGCGCUGGGGCCUGGCAUCUACAGCAGCCCAGGGAGCUACGACCCCAGGGCUGUGGCGGUGAAGGAGGAGCCCCGGGGGCCAGAGGGCAGCCGAGCUGCCAGCCGAGGCAGCUACAAUCCCCUGCAGUACCAAGUGGCACACUGUGGGCAGACAGCCAUGCACCUGCCCCCAACUCUGGCAGCACCCGGCCAGCCUCUGCGCGUUCUCAAGGCCCCUUUGGCCACUGCCGCACCCCCCUGCAGUCCCCUCCUGAAGGCGCCCUCCCCGGCUGGCCCCUUACACAAGGGCAAGAAGGCAGUGAACAAAGAUAGCCUUGAGUACCGGCUGAGGCGGGAGCGCAACAACAUCGCCGUGCGCAAGAGCCGGGACAAGGCCAAGAGGCGCAUUCUGGAGACGCAGCAGAAGGUGCUGGAGUACAUGGCAGAGAACGAGCGCCUCCGCAGCCGCGUGGAGCAGCUCACCCAGGAGCUAGACACCCUCCGCAACCUCUUCCGCCAGAUUCCUGAGGCGGCCAACCUCAUCAAGGGCGUGGGGGGUUGCAGCUGAGCCUGGCUGGUGGACUGUGGGCACCAGGCUCCCUGGCACGGCCUAACUCUGCGGACCCCCAUCCUGCUGGGGGCCUAGAACCCUGAGACAUAGACCAUGGAUAAAUGGCAACCGGGGUGGCAAAGAAGGGCAGGACCCAGCAUAAUGAUUAUAUGGCUGAAUAAAGUUGCACUGUGACUGGG